AUAUUAGAAUUACAAACGUUUAGCUGACAAUGAUUGUAAAUUUUGUAAUGGUGGGAAAGAGAAUCACAGCCUGAGUUGUUUCUGAAAUUUCAUUAUAUUUUGUGAACCGUUCUUUACAUUUCAGGAGGUUAGAUUUCAGGUAGAUAGCUGAGUCUGAGAGAAACAUGUUUGGUGGAGGAAACACAUCCUUUGGCUCUACUGCCAGCACCAAUUACAAUGCCAUGAAGGACAUAGAGGUACAAUCUCCACCUGAUGACAGUGUCAGUGCUGUGAAGUUCAGUCCGGGUACAAACAUGCAGUCAGCCUAUCUGGUAGCAGGAAGCUGGGAUAACAAUGUAAGAUGUUGGGAGGUGCAGCAGAGUGGACAAACAGUUCCUAAAGCCCAGCAGACCCACACUGGACCAGUCCUAGAUGUAGACUGGAGUGAUGAUGGAACAAAGGUGUUCACAGCAUCUUGUGACAAAACUGCUAAAAUGUGGGAUCUUCAGAGUAAUCAAGCCAUCCAGAUUGCACAGCAUGAUGCCCCUGUAAAAACUGUCCACUGGAUUAAGGCCCCUAACUACUCCUGUGUCAUGACAGGGAGCUGGGACAAAACCCUUAAGUUCUGGGACACAAGAACACCAAAUCCCAUCGACACAAUUCAGCUUCCAGAGCGCUGUUACUGUGCAGAUGUUAAAUAUCCUAUGGCUGUUGUUGGAACUGCUGGAAGAGAAUUGAUUAUAUACCAGCUGGAGAACCGCCCGCAAGAGUUCACACGCAUUGAAUCACCACUCAAGUUUCAGCAUCGAUGUGUCAGCAUAUUUCUGGACAAGAAGAACAAUGGUGCUCCUACUGGUUUUGCCCUUGGAAGCAUUGAAGGCAGAGUAGCCAUACAUUAUGUCAAUCCAACCAACCCUAAAGACAACUUCACCUUCAAAUGUCAUAGGUCAAACGGCACCACCAAUGGCAUGCAAGACAUAUACGCAGUGAAUGACAUUGCAUUCCAUCCUGUUCAUGGUACCUUGGCCACUGUUGGAUCAGACUGCAAGUUCAGUUUCUGGGACAAGGACGCUCGAACCAAACUAAAGACCUCAGAUCAGUUUGAUCAGCCGCUGACAGCUUGCUGUUUCAACCCGCAAGGAAAUGUGUUCUGCUAUGCCACCAGCUAUGAUUGGUCAAAGGGGCAUGAAGGAUUUGACCCAAACAAAAAGCCACACAUUUUCCUAAGGUCCUGUUUCGAUGAACUAAAGCCAAGCAUGAAAAAGUCGUAGUACAAGACACUUGACGACAAAUGAAACUUAAACCACAUAUAAUGAUCAUUACUGUUGAGUCCACUAAAACCAUGUUUUAAAUGGUUGUCACAUUUCUGUGCAACAUGCAGACUGUCAAGAACCCAUUUCACUGUAUGUACAUUCGUUUAUUGCCUUGUUUAUUUCUUAUAGUGUCUCACAUCUGUUAUACAUUUUUUGUUUGAUGUUAAAAAUUUUCAUAAUGUU